GGAGGAGGAGGAGGAAACAGCAGUGGAGAGCGUGGGCGAGGGAGGGAGAUGAACGGCUCGUCGGUGGCUGAAGGCGCCCGAGUGGCUGCACGGGAAGAAGCAGAGAGAGGGGUGGGCGGUGGGCGGCGCACCGGAAAUAAGGACGAGCUUUUUUAA